UCCGCUCCGGUUCCAUUUACAAUAGAUCGCCCCCUCCGCCUCCAUAGCCGCCAGCCAGCCAGAUCUUGGUCGCCGGCAGCUUGAGCUGCAAACCCGCCGAGCUCACCGCCCUCGCUGCCAACAGGAGGCGGCUACCCCAGCGAUCUCAUCCUCCCUCGCUGCCAAUAGGAGUGUAUGCGACCCGAGGAGAGUUCCUCUCGUCUCUACGCUCGGCAACGGGUUUUAAUUUAAUGUGAGCCACCCGGUGGUCGGAAGACCGGCUGCCGUUGACGCUGCUCGCUCUCCACCAUUACGACGGUAGCACAUGCUGGCCUCUCCGAGCCUAUUGCGGAAGAAGACUUCCGCCGCUCUUCGCAUGGUCCACUGUCCAGUGGUCGGCUGGUCUGGGAUAUUCAUUGGGAUGUGUAUCGAUUUCAUCUAUGCUUGGUAGACUAGAUAACCUCUCCCCGGUUAGGAGGGGAGCGGCUCCUGCCUUCUUCAUAAAUAAACUCAUUGUCGAGUUUUUGGGAGAAUAUAAAGGACUGUUGCUUCAGCCUUCAGAGCAGCUUUAGCAGGUUGAUGAAUAUAAACUCGAGCAUUGAAUUCUUUGGGAUAAUUACAUUACAUUAGAGCUUGCCCCUGUUUCCCGCUUGUUUGUCGUACAUCAUGGAGUUAAAUAAUGUACACGUUCAGCAAGUUGGGGAAGACAUGAUAAGCAAGUUAAAUGAUGAUGUUUUGCUCUUAAUCUUAGAAAAUGUCGACCUGACAAUGUCAGUGAGGGCAGGUGCCCUAUCAACACGAUGGAGACACCUUCCAUGGUUGCUUGGACAACUCACCAUAGAUAUGAUGGACUUCCUUCAUGAACCAUAUGCCGAUCCCACAGUGGAUGAUCACAUUGAUAAAGCAAUGUCAUCUCUUGCAGAAGCAAUUAGAAGCAUGUUGUCUCCUUCCCGUAGAAAGACAGUGGUCACCAGACUUUGUGUUUCACUAGUGAUAACCAACAGUUACUCGAGUGAAAUUGGUCAUCUUGUUAAUGAAGUGGUUGAAAAUGGAAUGGUAAAAGAUAUAGAGCUCACAAGUGGGGUUGAGAGGAUCCCGGGCACUGUCAGUGAUGAAGAAAUGGAAAAACAUGCAAAUGGUGUGAAUAGUUUCUUUAGUAACUAUCCAAUUAUAUCUUGUUGCCUCACAAGACUUCUCCUUUUUAAUGCAACCUUUGUGGAAUCAGAUCUACAUAAUCUCAUUGCAAAUGUAUGCACGGAACUUCGUUAUCUUUAUCUCAGCCAGUGUGAUACUGGCUUCCAAUCAACAUUCAAGAUAGAUGCACCAAACUCAAAACUCAACAUUCUAGAACUUGUCCACUGUCAUUUUGCGCAAGUUGAGUUACAUUGCCUUCCAAUGGUAGAGAAAGUCAUUUUUGGCUUUUGGCUAACUAGAUGUGUGCCCUUGACUUGGGAAUACAUCCCAUGCCUCAAGGAAGUGGAAAUCUUUUCAGCCAUGCCCCCUCCUCAGGAACCAUUCAAGUUAAGUGACUUUCUACGUGGUACGACAUGUAUAAAUACUUUAUCAUUGGAUUUCCUCGGGCAAAAGAUUUGGCUACUACCUGAAAAACAUCAACUUUCCUCAGUAUUUAGCAAUUUGAGGAAAUUGUGUAUAUAUGAUGUCUUUGUUGGAUUUGGCCUUUUGUGGACAACAGCUCUUCUUGAAGCUGCGCCAUCCCUCGAGAUACUUGAAGUUGAGGUGUAUGACCAUCGAUGCGAGGAGGACGAGAAAGUAACUGAGAAGUGUGCUGAAAGAACUAAUGGGCCAUGGCAAGUGUCAGAGUUUGCAUACCCAAAGCAUUCGCCACUGAAAGAGCUUGAAAUCAUUGGUUUCAAUGCAUCAGAAGAACAUAUAGUGUUUAUAGGAGCAGUGAUGGAGCGGGCUUCUAACUUACAGUCGGUUGUUUUGAAAGACAAGUGUUGUAAGGAAUGCGAAGCAACCAGUACAGCGUCAGUAAAACGUAAAUUUCCAGAGGGUGAAGAUGAACAGGAGCUGGUAGUCAAUAAGCUCAGAAACCGGUUCUUCUCCCGUGCUCAGAUAAUUUUCAGUGACCGUAAGGUUGUCAACGAAUGUGUGUUUGUCUGAAAUGAAAAAGAUACAGUCAAACUAGUUUAAGUUUGACUAAAAUUUUAAUGACUAAUAUUGACUUUUAUGUCUUCUAUAAAGUUAAUUAUAAAAAA